CGAAUGGCAUCAGAUUAUUGAAAUGAAAAGAAAAUGAUUUGUCAAUGGUCAAACCAGUGGGCUCAAUUCAAACCAGUGGGCUCCAUCAUUCGUCACCGUCACCAACUCAACUUCUUAAGUCUAACACUAGAUCUGGAGGGAGAAACAAUGAAUGUAAGUUGUUGAAGGAGAAGAAAGCGAACGUUACCAUGGCUACCGCGUCAGAGAUUGCUGCAAAACUGAACCUUAAACCUCACCCAGAAGGUGGGUUUUACGCAGAAACGUUUAGAGAUUCUUCUGUUAUUCUCUCCAAAUCUCAACUGCCUCCUCGGUAUAAAGUUGGUCGUCCUGUCAGCACAAAUAUAUAUUUCCUCCUGCCAUCAGGCAGUGUGUCACGCCUUCACCGGAUACCAUGUGCAGAGACUUGGCAUUUUUAUGUGGGAGAGCCUCUUACAGUAAUUGAACUGGAUGAUAAAGAUGGACAAAUUAAAUUAACAUGUCUUGGAAAUGAUCUUGUUGGAAGCAAUCAGCAACCACAGUAUGCAGUGCCUCCAAAUGUAUGGUUUGGUGCUUUUCCAACAAAGGAUUUUCAGAUUUCCUCAGAUGGGGUGGUGAGCAAAGGUGAACCAAGGGAUGCUGAGAGCCACUAUUCCCUCGUCGGCUGCACUUGUGCACCUGCCUUUCAGUUUGAGGACUUUGAGUUAGCAAAGCGCGCUGAUCUUAUAUCUCGUUUUCCCAAGCAUGAGCAGCUCAUCUCUCUGCUUACCUUUGAGGAGUAAAGAGAAGGUUGACUCUGCGUUGAUCUGUGAAUUUCAGGCUUGUAAUGCCCCAAUAAUGCUUGUGGCUUCAGGAAUCUUGAGUGCUUAAGUAUUAUUAAAACUACAGACCUCCAAAGUUUUACUUGUAUCUCUGGAAAUCAACUAGUCUACUACAUGCUAGACUUUGUUUAAUUUUUACUUUGAAAAAUAAAAUUAGUGGAAGCUUAUGAAACCUCAAA